AUGGGCAAUACCAGCAGCCAUUUUUGGCUCCCUCGCAAGAGGACUGGCCGAAAUCGAUCUCAGCCUUCGGACUUGGAAGAACGCGGCACGGCGCCAACGGAAGCUCACUGGAACCAGACGUCAGGUCCACGGCUGACUUCGAGGGGCCCCCUUCGAUUCAACGUCAAGAUACCGACACUGUGGGCAGAAUGCCCCCAGGGUUACUCAAACUUGCCUCCGAACAAUGUCUCUACGUUAAUUCGCGUCACCUUUGGCCCAACCGAAGGUGUGGGCGCUGACAAGGCAAAGCCUCUUCGCGAUAUAUAUGACGCUGACAUCGAGACUGGAGCCAAAGACAUGCUUACAUAUCGCCAAUUGCUUAACAUGGACCGAGAGUUCCAUGAUCUACCCGCUGUUCCGGACGAUGAUCUUGAGCACUUCAGAUGUUAUUAUCGAUAUCUCGGGAUGCGCGAUGAGUUCUUGGCGUCGAUGAGGAGGAAUGGUGACAUUGUUGAGCUCUACAAGGACCAUGUUGACGCCCUCAUCGACUGGCUGUUCAAGAAACGACCUUGGUUCUUGACAAGAGGGGCGCAGCAAUCUCCAGAUGGUAUUCAAUACGUGAGAAGGAGCACAGUUUCGUCCUGGCUUCGAACAGGCACCAUCCUGCUGCUGCUGGCCGUCAUGCUACUGCCCAUUAGUCUUCUCUUCCUCGCGUCGACUUCCAGAGGGCUGAGUCUAGCCGUUGUUUUCGUUUCUUAUGGCGUUGUGACGAUUGCUGUGUACUUUCUACCCAGACUCACGUUCCAGCAACGACUGGUAUGCAUUCUCGGCUACAUGGCUAUCAUGUCACCCUUCCUGAACCAGCUUCAGAAAUGA